GACAUUUCCAGAAAAGGGCAAGACAUAUGUAACUGGAUCUAGGGUUUCCUUACAACACCGGCCCUCAUUUUAUCUACACACACAAAAUUGUAUCUAUAUCUCUAUCCAUCUUCCUCAAUUAGGGUUUCGAAUCGCCGACAUUCAUCAUCUCCAUCCCUCACUCUCUUCGCGACCACAAUUAGGGUUUAGAGUGUGACAAAUGGCUUCGAGUGAGUGUUUUUUGACGGAGGAGCAGAGGGAAAUGUUGAAAAUUGCGGCGCAGAGUGCUGAGGUUUUGUCGACCUCGCCUCUGUCGCCUUCUAAGCUGGUGUCGGAACAUUUUGUGAAAGCUCCGGUUGGUGGUAAGGCCGGUAAUCCUGGGGUUGGUUCUAGGCAUUUUCGGAAAACUCACUCGGGGAAACUUGGUCGUGCCAAGAAGGAUGGUGGCGGUGGUAAAGGAACCUGGGGUAAACUACUCGACACUGAUGGUGAAUCCCAUAUCGAUCGAAAUGAUCCAAACUAUGACAGUGGUGAGGAACCAUAUCAACUUGUCGGGUCAACCGUACGAGAUCCACUUGAUGAGUACAAAAAAGCUGUAGUCUCUCUUAUUGAAGAAUACUUUAGCACGGGUGAUGUUGAUGUGGCGGCUUCUGAUCUGAGAGGACUUGGGUCAAAUGAGUACCAUCCUUACUUCAUUAAGCGGCUUAUCUCCAUUUCUUUGGACAGACAUGACAAGGAGAAAGAGAUGGCAUCUGUUCUACUUUCAGCUCUCUAUGCCGAUGUCAUCACCUCAAAGGCGAUUAGUCAAGGUUUUCUGAUGCUUAUCGAGUCUGCUGAUGAUCUUUCUGUGGACAUAUUGGAUGCUGUUGACAUUCUUGCUCUGUUCAUUGCUCGUGCUGUGGUUGAUGACAUUCUCCCCCCAGCCUUUGUCACUAGGGCAAGAAAUGGACUCUCAGAAUCCUCUAAGGGUUUUCAGGUUCUCCAAACUGCUGAAAAAAGCUAUCUAUCAGCUCCACACCAUGCAGAAUUGGUUGAACGGAGGUGGGGCGGUAGCACUCAUGUUACUGUUGAGGAAGUAAAGAAAAGAAUAUCAGACCUUUUAAGAGAAUAUGUUGAAAGUGGUGACACAUUGGAGGCCUGUAGGUGCAUUCGGCAGUUAGGAGUUGCAUUUUUCCAUCAUGAGGUUGUUAAGAGGGCAUUAAUACUAGCCAUGGAGAUUCGUACGUCGGAACUAGCUAUUUUAAGUCUUUUACGGGAAGCUGCAGAUGAGGGUCUUAUAAGUUCAAGUCAGAUGCUAAAGGGUUUCGCUCGGUUGGCUGAGAGCCUUGAUGACCUUGCUCUUGAUAUUCCAUCUGCAAAAACUUUGUUUCGGUCAUUGGUUCCCCAGGCCGUUAAUGAAGGCUGGCUUGAUGCUUCCUUCCUAACGUCCUCGGACGAUAAUGGAGUACAUGAAAAGGACUCUGAAAAGCUGAAGCUGUACAAAGAAGAGGCUGUUGCAAUCAUCCAUGAAUACUUUCUUUCAGAUGAUAUUCCUGAGCUCAUCCGUAGUCUAGAAGAUCUCAGGGCACCCGAGUUUAAUGCAGUCUUCUUGAAGAAGUUGAUAACGCUUGCCAUGGAUAGAAAGAAUCGGGAGAGAGAGAUGGCAUCUGUGUUGAUAUCUGCACUUCACAUUGAGAUCUUUUCUACUGAAGAUAUUGUUGAUGGUUUUGUCAUGCUUCUGGAAUCUGCUGAAGAUACAGCACUUGACAUUUUAGAUGCUUCAAAUGAACUGGCUCUUUUUCUAGCAAGGGCAGUCAUUGAUGAUGUUUUGGCCCCGUUGAACUUGGAUGAAAUAGGAACCAGACUUCCGCCGAAUUGCAGUGGAAGUGAGACGGUGCAUGUGGCCAGAUCACUUUUAGCUGCUCGACAUGCCGGGGAGAGAAUUUUAAGGUGCUGGGGAGGUGGAACAGGCUGGGCUGUGGAGGAUGCUAAAGAUAAGAUAGCAAAGCUUCUGGAGGAAUAUGAAACUGGUGGUGUGGUGAGUGAAGCGUGCCAGUGUAUUCGUGAUCUUGGGAUGCCCUUUUUUAAUCACGAGGUUGUAAAAAAGGCUCUGGUCAUGGCAAUGGAGAAGAAGAAUGACCAUUUACUGGAUCUGUUGGAGGAGUGUUUCAGGGAGGGAUUGAUCACAACUAAUCAGAUGACAAAGGGUUUUACUAGAAUCAGCGACGGGCUUGAUGAUCUUGCCUUGGACAUUCCAAAUGCAAAGGAGAAGUUCAAAUUUUAUGUUAAACAUGCCCAAAUGAAAGGAUGGCUCCUUCCAUCGAUCGGUGCAGUCAGUGCAGAUGGUCCCAUCAUCCCACCUUCGGCUACAUCAUAAGCUUGCCUUUUAUAGUUCCCUAUAUCAGGGUUACUUGUUAGUAUCAGAAAUGUGGUCCAACUGUUUUAGUUAUUUUUCUUCAUCCAUGUUUUCGCUUUCCUUUCAUCUCUUCAUCUUAUGAAGAUGGAGUUUACUGAUUGUGUAAAGUAGAUCUUCGGUUUUUUUUUUAGACAGUUUUAGUUAGUGUAUGCAUUUUGCUUAGACAAUACAAAAACUUACAUAAGCGUAUGUGUCAUUGCUUUUCUGCCCAUGUUCAGUGAACCAGUGGUGCUAAAUACCAAAGUUGAU